AGUGUCAGAUGUCAUGGUCUGCCUCUGCCACAAAAAUAAUAUUAAAAAAAAGAUAAGAAAUGAUUCAUAUUUUUGUUUGUUGAUGCAUAGUAGACUUCAUACCUAAAAAGAAAUUGUGCAUGUCUAAUCUCGAUCAAAGUGAGAGUGACUUUGAAGCCGUCUCCGAAACAACAAGACUUAUGGACGGUCAUGUUGCUACACAUAGCGGUAAUUCAUCGUCAGAUUUAAACCAUGGACAAGAUGUACCAAGGAAAAGGAGUAGGCGUUCUGAAAAUGUUGAACAAAGGCCUGAGAGUACUAAUCGAGGCGAAGGAGGGCAUGGAGAUUAUGUUAUUCCAUCUUCAGCAGGUGCCAUGAGUUUAGAUGAUGAAGAAGAGUUAAAAUAUGGAGCAAAACAUGUCAUCAAAUUAUUUGCUCCAGUAUCACUUUGCAUGGUGGUGGUAGUAGCUACCAUCAGUGCAGUGAAUUUUUAUUCUGUUAAGGAUAUGUACUUGGUAUAUACUCCUUUUCAUGAAGAAAGUUCAGAACUGGGUACCAAGGCUUGGAAUGCUGCAGCCAAUGCCAUGAUUUUAAUGGCAGUAAUAGUGCUAAUGACUGUACUGCUUAUAGUUUUAUACAAAUAUAGAUGCUACAAGACUAUACAUGCUUGGCUCAUUGUAUCUUCAUUAAUGCUCCUUUCUAUUUUUUCAUAUUUAUAUUUAGAAGAAAUUUUAAGAGCUUACAAUAUCCCAAUGGAUUAUCCUACUUUAGCGUUUCUAAUGUGGAAUUUUGGAGUGAUGGGAAUGAUAGUGAUACAUUGGUUAGGUCCAUUAAAAUUACAACAAGCUUACCUGAUAUUUGUUGCUGCUCUCAUGGCCUUAGUAUUUAUUAAGUAUUUGCCAGAAUGGACAACAUGGACAGUUUUGGCAGUUAUAUCAGUAUGGGAUUUAGUUGCAGUAUUAUUACCUAAGGGACCCUUGAGGAUAUUGGUAGAAACAGCGCAAGAAAGAAAUGAGCAAAUAUUUCCAGCUUUGAUUUAUUCGUCUACAUUUAUGUAUACCUAUACAAGCAUGGCUACAGGAGAUGUUCCAAGCGUUCCAAGGUCAGACAGCGAGGAUCAUGGAUUUACACAAGACUGGGUAGCGAAUCGCGCCAAUAGAGUGGCACAAAGACGGUUAGACGUAGAUAGUGAACCAAGUAGAGUGGCACAAAGACAGUUAGAAGUACAUAGUGACCCAAGUGGUCAACCGCGCACACAAAUUCAUCAAGAUCCGGAAGAACGUGGAGUCAAAUUAGGUUUGGGCGAUUUUAUAUUCUACAGUGUACUUGUUGGAAAAGCGUCCUCAUAUGGAGACUGGAAUACAACAUUAGCAUGUUUUGUAGCCAUUUUAAUUGGGUUAUGUUUGACGCUGCUACUGCUAGCUAUAUUCAAGAAAGCUCUACCGGCACUGCCAAUUUCCAUUACUUUUGGUCUGAUUUUUUACUUCGCCACCAAAGAAAUCGUUAGCCCAUUUACGGAUAGUUUGUCUAACGAGCAGAUAUUUAUAUAAACGUUACAUUCCAAGGUUCACAUGUAACUUAAGCUUUAAAACUUUUCCAAAUAUUUUUACAAUGUUUGUUCCUAGUUUUUCUUAGUAAUCCAUAAAACUGGUUGACUUAUUUUGUGAUAAUUAUAAAACUAUUAACAAUCGAGAUAAAAAUACUUUUUUUAACAAUCAAGAUAGGGAAUAGUAUUAAGAAAUCUCUAUACUGAUAUUCACCAAAUCAAUUAAAAUUUUUUUUAGAG